AUCCAGCAGCCAGCAGCCAGCAGCAGCAUCUCCUUCCAACGCUUUCCAGACUCGACGGAUAUACCUACCGCAGUGGCACAGAUAGGAUCGGAUCGCUCACUCCGAUCGUAAUGUCCGUCCGUAACGUGACGUACGACGACUUUGACCCGGUGAUCGUCUACUCGAACCCGGCAGACUGGUCGACACCGAAUCCACAGGACAAUCCCGGCUGGUUCAAUGCUACGUCGGAUGUGACGGGGUCGAUCUGGCACCAGGCUACGUAUCACUCGACAGAAGUCGCUGGUACCAAGAUCUCGUUCAACUUUACAGGCACUGGUCUCUACGUCUAUGGAGGAUCAGGUCCGGAAUACGGCAACUAUACCCUGACCAUCGACCCAUCCAUUCCGACUCCGUUCAUCUACCCCGGUCAAGCCUACUCGCAACAGAACGGCACGGAUCGUUACCUCUUGUACGGGACGGAUGGUUUGGCCUAUGCGGAGCACGAGGUGGUCAUCGAGACGCAAGGAGGUAGAUUCCUGCUGGACUUAGUGGAAGUGGGCGGUCUGGAGUUCGGUGCCGAGGGGUUCGUCCUGCUCCGAUAAGACCUGUCCUGUUCACCGGAGGCUAGGCUGAUUGACUUUGAUCCCCCUUCGCAUUCCAUCAGUGCACAGCUACAAAACAUCACCCUGGACGACAAUAGUCCC